CACAAGCGCAUCCACACUGGGGUGCGGCCUUACCUGUGUGGGGAAUGUGGGAAGAGCUUCAGUGACACCUCCACCCUCCGCAGCCACCAGCGCAUCCACACCAGAGAGCAGCCCUACACGUGUGGGGAGUGUGGGAAGAGCUUCAGGAUGAGCUCCAGCCUCCUCGUCCACCAACGCAUCCCCACCGGAGAAUGGCCCUACAAAUGCUUGGAAUGUGGGAAAAGAUUUCAGACCAGCUCACAUCUCCUCCAGCACCAGCGGACGCACACGGAUGAGAUGCCCUUCCGCUGCACUGACUGUGGGAAGGGCUUCAAGCAGAACUCCACCCUUGUCACCCACCGGCGCAUUCACACCGGGGAGUGGCCCCACAAGUGCUUGGAAUGUGGGAAGAGGUUUCAGACCAGCUCCAAUCUCCUCCUGCACCAGCAGACACACAUGGAUGAGAGGCCCUUCCGCUGCACCGACUGCAGGAAGAGCUUCAGCCAGAACUCCUCCCUUGUCACCCACCGACGCAUCCACACCGGGGAGAGGCCCUACAAGUGUGGGGAGUGUGGGAAGAGCUUUGCCCAGAGCGGUACCUUGACCAAACAUCAACAGACCCACCGGUAAGAGAAGCGCCUCGAGUGCCCCGACUGCAGGAAGAGCUUCGACUGCUGCUGCUGCUGCAACUCCAUCAGCCAUUGAAGGACCCCCGUUGGGUGAUCCACAGGAACCCACGUUGGGCACAGACCUGGUGACCCUUGUUCCAGGUGAUCCAUACUGGGCACACACCUGGUGACCCCUGUGUCCAGCCCCUGUCCUGACCCCUCUGACAGUGAGGGUGACCCAGGGUCUUGUUAACUGAUCCCUUGGGGAAGAUUAGAGUUAGUUUAUCUCUCUCUCUCUCUCUCUAUAUAUAUAUAUAUGUAGGGUUCAGUUUAGAUCAGUUUUGUUUCCCUGUAGAGUAGGUUUGAGGCAGUUUUGACUCCUGUCUAUAGUGAUCUGAAACCAUAAAAAUAACACUUCCUCUCUCUGGCUCCAAGCCCAGCCUGUCCCCUCCAGGGGUGGAUGUUCCCCCCCCUUCCCCGGGCGGUUCCUUUGCCCCUGGGCAGCAAAGCCCCCGCUGCUUCUGCAACGGGAGAGUGUUGGAGCCGUGGACCAUUAACAUUCCAGUCUCUCCCAGCUCUGCACCCCAAAAGUUGAGCGGGAUCAAUGUGUCCCCUCAAAGUGGCUCAUUCCCGUAGCAGUUCAUAUUCCAGGAAGAAUGCCGAAGGGCAUCCUGGGACUCGUAGUCCUUCGGUCUCUGUCGCACGUGCGCAGUGAAGUGCUCGGAUGGGAGUGCUUGAGGAGGUCCCAUGUCACCGUUUGAAGUGUCUGUAUAAGCUUGUGUUGAUCUUAAUAAAGCUAAUUGGGUUACUGCACCCCCGUGUCGACUGGGUUCGUGCAAGACAAAUGCUCUAAAUGGCCGCCCCAAUCGGGACAUUCAACAGGCGUCGGUAACCAGAGGCCAAAGGCCUUGGGACAUCUUGCCAUAGCAUCUGUCCUGAUGGAAUUCCAAGGAAAAAGGAAGAGCUCUUCGACAAAUUGUGCGCAUCAGUCACCUCUGCAGAAACAGGACAAAAAGGGAAAGAGGACAAAAAAGGGACAAAAGAAGAAAAAUCCGGCUUCAGCAAACAAGAGGUGACCUAUUAGGAUGGGAGGGAUGUAUUCCCACCCACGAGGGGAGGUGUUCCCCAGAAAUUAAAGAAGAAGCUGAAGCUGUCAGCCAAUUCUUAAAAACGCUGGACAAAGACGUAGCAGAAAAUAAACCGUUCGUGCUCUUAAAUUGGAGCACCACAAAUGAACCGGCACUUCCAUCAACUGGAACCCAUCAGAUACAAUCUUGAGGAGGAAUUGGAAAUGGACUCAUCAAAAAAGUGAGUUCUGGAGGCGUUGGAGGCAUUUAAAAACUGGGCUGCAUGGAAGGAAAUAACGAUGGCCUUAUAUGCUCGCUACGGGGGAGCAAAUCCAACCGCAGCAACGGGCCCUGCUUCCCCUGUCCCUCCUGCAGCCCCUGCUGUAAAGGGGGUACUUUUGAAUUAGAUGAUCAAUGGAGCACAGAGGCGUGAGAACGGGAUCAUAUUAGGAUGUGAAACCAGCUAGAGUAUGGUACAAUGUAACUUCAUGGCAGAAGCUAAUUGUAAGGUCCAUUGUGCUUUUUAGCAAGUCAGCCUGAUAUCCCCUAUUAUCAGAGCUGAGUUCUUCCUUGGUUUUGCUACAUAUUGCAAGAUAGAUACAUCUACCCUUGAAAUGCAAUGGUAGAGGUCAUCCAUAGGGGUGAGAAAGAAAAUGAUGGGAGGAAGAUGAUGUGGGCAGGGGUCGCUGGCCCCUUGCCCUACAAGUAGGGCAUGCGCAGACUGUUGCCAUGAGGUGAUGAUCAGGCGGGGUUUGGCUGCCACUCAGGCAUCACCUUAUACUGGGUACUGGCCCUACGUGGUGUAAUGUGAAACUGAUAAAAAUGGGGUGUCAGAGCUGCUGAGCUGAGCGAUCCUCAUCCUACCACCGAGACUGUGUUGCUCCGCGGGGACGCCCGCUAAGCACGGGCACCGACCAGCUGCUGCAGAUCCUGACAGCCCUGGCCUGUCUGUGUGGCUAAGCACAGGUUAUUGAGAAGAAGCAACUGAGAGAACAAACUUUUUAAUAUCCUUUUAGUGUUCCUUUAACUCCCCUUUUAUGUUUAUAGUAUUUUUCCUUUAGUUUCCCUUUUUACUAACCAAUAUGGUGUUAUCCAUAAUAUUGUGUUAAGAUCCUUUUUGGGUAUCCCUUUUCACUAGUUAAUACUGUAUUAAAUGCUGUUUGUAGUAUUUGUUUUAAUGCCACCCGAUAAGGUAGUUAUUUUGUAUCCUUUUUUAGUUUUUAAUUCCUCUUGCUAAGUUCAUUACUAUUAUUUUUAUUCUCGCUGUAAUAAAAGAUAUUUUGUGUGUUUGAA